AUGUGCCAUGAUUUAUACAACGGCGCUGAACCUCGUUUCAAUACCGCAAGCUUUCUCAAAUGGCGAAUUGGAAAGGCCCCGAUGAACAAAAUAGUGGCCUCUGUGCUAAAGAGAAUCGGAGAUCUGGGUGACCUUCUGGACUCAGGGUAUGGCUAUGAGGAUAUCAUCCGAGGCGUUCAGCGGUCCACACAGUAUACAUAUGAGGCACUAUUUGGUACAGUUUAUUUCGGGCCAGAUGAGAAGUACCUUUUUAAGAAUCUUGACGCACGUGUAAGAUUUCAGCGUGUGCGAGGAAGACUUGAAAAGCUUCAUAAAGUAAUCAUGUCAGACGAGCCACUAUUCAUCUGGUGUCAAGAUGACUUUUUUACAUCGACGUUCCCCUUCCCUGUUGACCGGUCAACGCUACUGCCUAAUACCUUUUGGGACGAUCGGCAGCCUGGGGUUGGUGGGCAAUCCUAUAUAGUUCUGAAUCCGCCUACGAAAUGUGCUGAGGACCCAAUCGUUGGCAACAAAGUGUUUAUGUCGAUUGCGAGGCCGGGAAAUGUAGAGAUGACUGCGAUAAUCCUGUGUCCGCAGAACUACGAUACAAGGAAUGCGGCCGACGUGGACGAACAGCGUCUGAAGUCGUUGGCGAAUUUUGAAAAAAUCAAAUUUGACAACCUAUACCCGAUAGAGCGAAUAACGUAUCGCAACUCCAUUUUCAUUUUCCUUACCCUGCUGUUACAGGCUCCAAUAGGAGGGCAAGCACCGAUGGAACCCGUUACACUCCCGCCUGUUGCUGGCCGCCAACUCUACGGCUGGGAAGCUGCCGCAUUGCUUCCCCUGAUUGACCUGGAGAAAUCACUUAAUAACCCAGUUCUGUUCCUUUCCACGAAUGACUGGAGCACUGGCACGGCUGUUCCCAUGCUGCCAGAUGAAUAUGGAGUCACACACUUUUAUCAGUCUGUAAAUUGGGCAUAUGAGGCGCUGACUCGGCACGGUGAUCCGCAACAUCCGCCAGCCAUGGAUUGGACCGUCGAUUGA